AUGACUCUCUUUGGCCCCAAGGUCCCCCUUCCUCCAAUUCCCGACGAUGUCUCCAUACCACAGUUCAUGCUACGCGCCGCUGGCCGAUUGCGGCCCCUAAGACCAAGCAAUGUCCCCUUCUUCAUCGAGGACAAGACCGGUCGCGCCGUAUCUUUCGAAGAAGUCCACUAUCGCACAUAUGGUCUCGCAAACGCGUUGAGUAUCAAAUGGAACAUCGGUGUAAAAGACGUUGUCUGUCUCUUCACGCCCAAUCACGUCGAUUACGCCCCAGCUAUCUGGGCGGUCCAUACACUGGGCGGCAUCAUCACGCCCGCAAAUCCAAACUAUACAUCUGACGAACUCAAGUACCAACUCACGACAUCGAAGGCCAAGCUGCUCAUCACUCACCCGAAUUGCCUCGACACUGCGCGAUCCGCCGCUCAUGCUUAUGGCCUCACCGACGCGUCUAUCAUCCUUCUGGACCCGUCGCCAACGCCAGGGAUAACGACUGCGGAAGAGUUGAUAUCAUUUGGAGCUUCGAGACCAGAGAAUUACAAAGCAAUCGUAUACAAACCAGGAGAAACCAAGAAGACGCUUGCCUUCCUGUCAUUUUCCAGUGGAACCACAGGAAAGCCUAAAGCAGUUGCUAUUACCCACUUCUCCGUUGUUGCCAAUAUAUCUCAAAUGUCUGCCCAUUAUCAUAUGGAUGAUCCUUCUUACCCUCACAAACGUAUCAUACCUGGGGAUGUUAUUAUGGGAGUCCUUCCAUUCUUUCACAUCUACGGUCUAGUGGUGAUAUUGCAUUUUACACUUUGGGCUGGUACCUCGAUUGUCGUUGUGCCGAAAUUUAAUUUCACCGACUUCCUGAACACUAUCUCCCGUCACCGAGUAACUCACCUAUACCUAGUACCACCCCAGAUUGUUCUUCUCACAAAGCACCCUGCCGUAAAGGGCAGAGACUUCAGCCAUGUCAAGUUCUGCAUGUCUGGCGCGGCUCCUCUGAGCGGGGAUCUCAUGAAGCAGCUAACGAAGAUUCUUCCAAACGCAUCAAUUGGGCAGGGUUACGGUUUGACUGAGACGUGCACCACGAUCAGCCAGCUCCAACCUGAGCGCAUGCUUGGCACUAUUGGAAGCGCUGGCGCUCUGAUUCCCGGAGUUGUGGCAAAGGUCGUCAAAGCGGACGGUACUCUGGCUAAGGAAGGAGAGCAGGGUGAAUUGAUCGUAACAGGCCCAUGGAUGCCUCGCGAGUACUACGGCAACCCCACAGCGACCGCCGAGACGUUUGUCGAUGGAUGGGUCCGCACUGGUGACGAGGUUAUCAUUAGGGACAACGAGAUCUUUGUUGUUGAUCGCCUAAAGGAAAUCAUGAAAGUUCGAGGCUUCCAGGUCGCCCCAGCUGAGCUCGAAGGCCACCUGCUUCUCCACCCGGACGUUGUAGACGUGUGCGUUGUAGGAGUUCCGGACGACUACAGCGGGGAAGUGCCCAUGGCUUUCGUCGUUCCCAGUUCGAACGCCCUGAAGCGGAUAAACCAAGGCCAAGGCCAAGCGGUAAAGAAGAUGAUAGAGAAGCAUGUGUCCGAUGCAAAGAUACAAUACAAAUGGCUUGCUGGAGGUGUAGAAUUUAUCGACGCUAUACCGAAGAACCCGUCGGGGAAGAUCCUUCGUCGCGUUCUGCGCGAGAAAGCAAAGACUUUCGUCAGGCCUCAGAGAGUGAUCCAGCCCAAACUUUAG